AUGAGCAACGCGAGCGCGACCGGCGCCACGUCUACCAGCGCCGCGACGGCCGUAACCAGGACCGACCUGGAGCGCAUGGACGCGUCGAGCGACAGCGCCGUCAGCUCGAUGGGGUCCGAGCGGGUGCCGUCGCUGUCCGACGGCGAGUGGGGCGACGGCGGUAAAAUACGCCCGUUCGACUACAGCUACACCAGUCGACAACACAACAAUGGCAUCGGAAGCACCGAGAACGUCCGCAUGCCACCGGUCGCCCAAAAGAAACACCAAAUGUACGGAAAAAGGUACUUCCAGGAGCACAACUCGCCCGGCGCCUCUCACCCUUCCACCCCCGUCAAAUACGAAUACCGAGAACCGAGUUCCACCCCUUACAACAUCCCUAGUCAAACGGAAGGCGCCGUGGGUCCCAAGGUGCCGGAGAUGAAGUACUGCUCGAUGGACUUCGGCCACGUGCCGAGGAACCCUGCCGACCACAUCCAGCACAAUCACACCUACCAUCUGCCGGUGGAGAGUUCCGGGUCCUUGAACGUGCCGAUCACUGUCGAUGACAUCAUCAACUUGCCCAUGGACGAGUUCAACGAGCGUCUGUCGAAAUACGACUUGAGCGAGACUCAGCUGAGUCUGAUCAGAGACAUCAGGAGGCGGGGCAAGAACAAAGUGGCCGCGCAGAAUUGCAGGAAGCGGAAGCUCGAUCAAAUCUUGAGCUUGGCGGAUGAAGUGAAGGAGAUGAAGGAUAGAAAGAUGCGGCUCAUUUCAGAUCACGAGUAUCUCAAGAAUGAGUAAAUUCUCUUUCUCCAUGCCAUAAGUGGAUGCGACACUACUUCCGCACCCUUGGGUUUGGGAAAGAAGAAGGUUUGCAGCACGUACGCGAAGAAUCCCUUCCUUACGCCCAACGUUUUGAUUUUCACCAAACCAGAUGCCACUGCAUCAGAAAUUUGUGAAGCGGGCGAAAAAUUUCUGGUGACAAUGUAUGGAGGAGACCCCGAGCGAGAAAACCUUGAUGGACUGCGAUACAAAAUAUUCACCAAGUCGGUGUCAAAAGCCAAAUUUCAACUUGCCAGGCUUCCACCUACUAGUGAUGCUGGUAGGUAUCAUUCCUUCCGUACAUACCAGCAGGUACAAACUUGGUUAGGAAACAACAAGAUCCCUGCAGAUUGGGGGUGGUCCCUAACCAAGCAAGGAGUGGUACCUAUCACCACUACGAAGAAUGCAGCCCCUGAGUCUCUCCUGAAGAUUCUUGCCUGCAAGUGUGCCAGAGGCUGCAGCACCGCGGCCUGUAGUUGCAAGAAGGCAGGCCUGCGGUGCUCAGUUAUUUGCAAGCACUGCUCCGGCCACGCCUGCGAGAACUCGCGCGUGCCAGAACUCAAUGAGGACGACGAAGAGGAGAACGACGACCUCCUGGAAUAUCUCAUCGCCCAAGAGGAGCACGAACUUGAGGACGACGACGUCGAACCUCAGCCAAAAGGGUCUCGACUCAAUCAAUGUAUCAAUAAAAUUGAGACGGAAUCACAAGGUGGUCAUGGGUCAUUGGGAUCAUUUACCCCAAGUAAAAAGCAUAGAAUCAAUAGGUAG